UGGGUUGGCCCUGUAUUAUCCGAGGCUAUCCUCCAACUCUAAUUCAAUAGGAGCUCAGCUGCGCUGUCGGUCUGUCGGCGUCGAGAACGGGCUGACCAUUUCAGGGAGAGCCGUGCACACAGCUGAGACGGUUUAUCGGAACAGCGGACACGAUUCAGGCAGAGACAUUUUAACAUAACCUACACAUGAAGGCAAAUAUGGAAGAAAUCCCCUAAAUUUUGGAUUCCCAGAGCUCGUCUUUUUUUCUCCCUGGAGCGCAUGUCUUGAUUCUGCCGACUAAUGAGUGAAAAGCAAAAAGAAAUCAAACACCGACCUUGCCACGGAUGAGAGCGUAGUGAUGCUGUGAUAACUGUGACUGAACAGACAGUAGGGGGGGAAAAAUCCGCGAGCAGCGACAGGGAGAAGUUGUGCGGGAUAUUGUGGUCAGAUGAGGCAGAUGUUAGUUUGCUGAGGAGGUUGAUAGAUCCCGAGGACCGCGCAGACCACCCUCACAUUAUGGUCCCCGGGGCCCCCAGCACGACCACCACCAUGCUCCCCGCAUCCGAGGCUGCCAAGAUCUACCAGACCAACUACGUGCGCAACUCCCGCGCCAUCGGCGUCCUAUGGGCCAUCUUCACCAUUCUCUUCGCCAUCGUCAACGUGGUGUGCUUCAUCCAGCCGUACUGGAUCGGGGAUGGCGUGGAUACGCCGCAGGCGGGCUACUUCGGUCUGUUCCACUACUGCAUUGGAAACGGGCUGUCCCGGGACUUGACCUGUCAGGGCAGCUUCACCGAGUUCAGCAGCAUCCCCUCCGGUGCGUUCAAAGCUGCCUCCUUCUUCAUCGGCAUGUCCAUGGCGCUGGUGCUCACCUGCAUCACCUGCUUCGCGCUCUUCUUCUUCUGUAGCACCGGCACCGUGUACAAGAUCUGCGGCUGGAUGCAGCUGGCUGCAGGUACGUGUCUGAUUCUGGGCUGCAUGAUCUACCCAGAUGGCUGGGACAGCGACGAGGUGAAAAGGAUGUGUGGCGAACAGACGGAUAAGUACACACUAGGCGCCUGCUCGGUGCGCUGGGCCUACAUCCUGGCCAUCAUGGGCAUCCUGGAUGCUCUCAUCCUCUCCUUUCUGGCCUUCGUCUUAGGAAACCGCCAGGACAGUCUGAUGUCUGAGGAGCUGCUAGGAGACAAGAGCGGUAAUAACGCCAUAUAACGUCUGCUGAUGCCAUUGCAGCAACACACACACAGUGUCUGCAGGUCUUACCACCUAGAUGUAAAGUCACUUCAGGAUCCAGCUUUCCUCUCCUAGUCAACCUUGGAGCUUGGAUGCAGAACUGAUGAGUGGAGAAUCAACAUCAAAGAAGAAGAAGGACAGGAGGAAGUCUGGAAGAAGCCACACAACCUCAUUAUGGAGACUAGGAGACCUUUUGUCCUCCCUGGAAGCUCUUUCUGUAAAAUAGUCCUCAGUUGCAUCUCAAACUGCUAAUUUUUGCAGGAUAAAUACUUUAAAAGACUUUGCCCGUCUUGGUAGGUUCAUCAUCACACCUGAGCUGUUCUGGAGGCGAGGAUUGCAGGAGUGCAGAGGUUCAGCUGAAAAAUAAAAUUAAACAAAGUGUGAAAGACAUGGCACAUCAGCUCCAGGACACAGUUUGGACAAAUACCACAGAGUGGCAUCCGCUCAAAUCGAAUUAAAUCAGAACGCAUUAACAAGACUUUGACCGACACAAAUAAGGUCUUAACAGACUUGAGGUCAAGGCUGUCAGAUCUUCUUUCUUAUCACGUCAACAAACUUCCUGCAAAGGACUCCAGCUUCGACACAGUUUGACCUUUUAAUUUAAACACGAGCAUUGUCUGCAGAGAUGUGAGGGACUGGAGAGAAUGACAGGCUGGAUAAGCGAGCAGGAAGAACACAGCUGUUUUCUUAUAAUUAAAUGUUUGAUGUGAUAGAAUCAAAUGGUAGUAAUUAGAAGUUUUUACUGGUGAGGACUGUGCAAAAACAGAGUAAAAUAUAAGUGUACUAAAAGGGCGAAAACAUUGGUUAUAUAAAGUCUAUAAUCUGUGUAUAGCUGUAUGUUGAUUGUGUCCCUGUGCUUUGUCUUAACUUUAAAUUGUACAUUUUGAAAUGUCAUUUUAUUGUACCAUUAACAGUAUGUGCCAUAGAGUAUCUUGUAAUCUGGCAGUAUUGUGAGGAACUAAAAAGGGAGUAAGUGCUGGACUCAAACUGUGGAUAGGUUUUGUAUUGUUGUAUCUUUCUUAUUUUUGUUUCCUGUCAUCCUUCGCUGUCUCACAACAAGAAAAGAACGAAAGGAAGAAAUGAGUCUAACUUACAAUAAAUGUGUUAAUGGAAAGAA